CUACUCUAGCGUCAUUCAAGCGUGUGUUUUGCGCAUGCGCAACGCCAACAGCGUAGAUUAGAAACCAACAACAAACUAUGGCGGACGAACACACUGAUGCUGAGCAAAGCAUGGAGGGACACACUGCUGUCCCAGAAAAUCCUCAUGCAGAAUAUGGGCUCACUGAAAACAUCCAGAGAAUAGUGGAGAAUGAGAAAACAACCUCUGAAAAAGUCACCAAACAGAAGGUGGACCCUCAGACCCUGCAGACGCUUCCUACACGAGCGUAUCUGGAUCAGACGGUGGUUCCUAUUCUCCUGCAGGGCUUGUCGGUUCUGGCCAAGGAAAGGCCUCCAAAUCCCAUCGAGUUUUUAGCGGCAUUCUUACUGAAGAACAAGUCCCAGUUUGAGGAACGUAAUUAAAGGCACGGCGUGCUGCGGAAGACUUAGGUUAUUAUUUUUUUUGUGUGUGUUGUGAAUGUAAAUGUAAUGGUGUCACGCUCUUCAGAUUGUUUGUUUCCCGAUGUUACUGUAGUUUUUUAAACUAAUAAAAUGUUCAAGCAGUGA